UCUUCAAAAUCCAACAACAUGGUCAACAAAGCAGAUAUUUUAAAGGCAAUUAGUGAUCUGAAAGCGCAAAAGAAGCCUCAGUAUGCUAAGAUUGCCGGGAAAUACAAUAUUGAUCGUACAACGCUGAUGCGGCGAUAUAAAGGCCAGACGGUCUCAAAUCAAGAAGCGCACUCAAUUUACCAAAAACUCCUUACAAAUGCACAGGAAGAAGUCCUUCUUGAUCAUAUAUCAAGACUUUCAGCUCGCGGAUUGCCUCCAACGCCUCAAAUUCUUCGAAAUAUCGUUAAGGAAAUCAUAGGACAUGAUAUUAGCGAGUGCUGGCUUGCAGAAAAGAUCAAGAAAUACUGCAUUUCUCCAUCAAAUAUUUAUAAUUUUGAUGUAAAAGGAUUCAUUAUAGGUAUAUGCUGUACGAGGAAACGGAUCGUCUCAAUCUAUCAGCUUCGUUCAAAGAAAUUACUUGGGUCAAAUCAAGAUGGCAGCCGCAAAUUUAUCUCUCUCCUUGCUUGCAUUUGUGCUGAUGGCAAAGCUCUUCCUCCUAGUCGUAUUUAUCAAGGCGAAUCACGCGAUCUACAGGCUAACUGGCUUGAAGAUUUUGACUCAUCACGCUUGACGUCGGAAUCUAUUCACCUCUCGCAAUUUUGGAUUCUCAAGGGUGACAAAGCAGGUGUUUUGGCGGUUAUUUCGCGCGGCGUGGCAAUUAGCUUUAAGCUUUCAAAAUAUUCGAUCAGCCUUUGCUUCACCUGGGCUAUUCAACAAGAAGAAGGAGAUCUUACACAAGCCACGAAGCUUGUGAUGAAAGCAGCACAGAAACUGAUCAUACGAAAUGAAAUUCUUGAACACCAAUAUAAAGGCCUAGUUAAUGCGUUAGUUAAUGAGAAGAAUCGCCAAAGACGAGGCAUGCCUUUAGGUCUUAUUGAUAAAGAGAACCCUGGUGAAGCCCAGUUCUUCUCGCUGAGCAAAGUUGAAGCUGCCAAACAGCGUAUACGAGAUAUUGAAGCCCAGAAAGAGCAGGAUAAGAUUAAUGCAGCAAUUCUUCGUACGCAAAAAGCACUUGAGCGCGAAAGGAGAGAUCGAGAGAACCAAGAAAAGCGAGAAAGUCGGAUCCGUGAGCGAGAAGCGAAGAAGCAACAAAAAGAGCUUGAAAAAGAGCAGCGUCACAUAGCGCGGGAGACUAAAAAACAAGCUAAACAUGAUCAGAAAAUGCAAGAGAGUCAGAUACACCUUAAAAGAAGACGAUCUAAGCGUGUCACAGAGGGCAGUGAGGAUGUUUCUUCAAAGAAACAGAAAAUAGAGGUGACUCGUUUAGGCCGAGAAAUUAAUCUACCCGUGCGGUUUAGGGAUUAAAUAAUUAUAUACAGCUAUCCGGUACAUUAUUUCAUGCACUGUAGUAAAAUUUGAUACUUAAAACUUCAUUUGUUAUGGAGAUAUCACC